AUGUCAUCUCUCAGCACGGCUAGCCAGGAUACCAACGAACCAAGCGCGCCCAGCGGUGACAUCUCCCCGGUCACCAGCUGGCCGCCGGAAGAGAGUGACCAAGAGUUCACGAGCUCAUGUUGUGGUGUUGAGAGAAAAUCGCCGACAGAAUGGAACAAUCGGACCGAAAUGAUCAUCAAUAAGCCGUAUGAGUAUUUGAUUUCCCUUGGAGGCAAAGAAUUCCGAAGACAGUUUCUCCAGGCGUUGAAUGUGUGGCUCAAGGUAGACGAGAGCAAAUGCAAUGUGGUCAACGACACCAUCAACAUGCUGCACAACGGUUCUCUGCUCAUCGACGACAUCCAGGACGAGUCCCGAUUUCGUCGCGGCUCCUUGGCCGCCCACGAAGUCUACGGCAUCGCGCAGACCAUCAACACGGCCAACUACGUCUACUUCAAAGCGCAGCAAUCGCUCUUGCAGCUCGACAAAUGGCCGGCUCUCAUGAAGAUCUUCAACGAGGAACUGCUGCAUCUGCACCGCGGACAGGGCAUGGAGCUGUUCUGGCGCGACACCCUCCAACCGCCCAGCCAGGAAGACUACAUCUGGAUGAGCAUGAACAAGACCGGCGGACUCUUUCGACUCACGCUUCGCUUGCUGCAGACACUCAGUGACUGCACCUAUGACAUCCAACCACUCGCAGAGACCGUCGGACUGCUAUUUCAAAUCGUGGAUGAUUACAAGAAUCUGAAGGAUUCCACGAUGAUUGACCACAAAGGCUUCUUCGAAGACCUGACCGAAGGCAAAUUUUCCUUCCCCAUCUCGCACGCCAUCUGGACCAACUCGGACAAAAAGAGCGAGCUCUUACGCAUCAUGCGCAUGAAAACCACCGACGAUGAUCUGAAGCGGUUCGUCGUUCAGUGUCUGGAGGAGGGUGGAAGUCUACAAUACACGCGCGAGUUCAUUCAUAAGCUACAUUUGGAGGCUAUGCAUCUCCUGUCGCAGAUUCCGGAGCCGAAUCCGCUGCUGGAGAAGUUGGUUUUGAAGUUGCAGGUUCCUGUUUGA